CCCCCUGGGGCUUGGGAUUUACUCCUGAGCCUGCUUCCAGGGACCGGUCAUCUCCCCAGUCUGCGGUGACCCCCUCCGGCCAUCUCCCCUUCCCCUUCCUUGAGCAUCCCCGUGCUGGCGGAGUCACAUGCUUGGUCUUUGAUGCCUUUAAUCCCACCCUCAGCGCCCGAGAGGGAGGAGAGAAAUUCGCGGAAGAGAAGUGAGCCACACGCCGAGAGCAGGAUCCCGGCGGGAGCGGAGCUGCGGGAGGGAGGGAGGCGGGAGCGGCCGUGAGGGGCUGCCCAGCGGAUCGGGUUUGGCAGCAAUGGCCCCAGUGGUAUCCUGCAGUCCAGGGAGAAGGAUGCAUUGGAAGUGAAGGAUCGAGGGCAUGAGCAGUGCAGGAGUACCCUCCUUCUGCAGCAGUUAUGUUCCACCGAGCCUGGCAGCUCUGUGGGAAGUGGUGCCGUUGGUCCAGCCCUUUCAUCCAUCUCCUCACCCUGACUGUGGUGACUUUUGGUGUGCUGGCACCUUUGAUCUGCCACCGGCUCCUGCACUCUUACUUCUACCUGCGGCGCUGGCACCUGAACCCCAUGAGCCGGGAGUUCCUGGAGCAGAACCAGCAGGAGGGCCAGGAUGCUCUCCAUUACUUUGAGAAGAUGCAGAUGCCAAACACUUCCGAGGCCUACAGCAGUGACACCUUCCAGCCCUUGCUGCUGAUCACCAUUAUCACUGUGCAGAGGCAGAAUGAUUUCCACUACGUCCUGCAAGUGGCCUCCCAUUUCCACCGCCUCCUCCAGAAAUGUGGGGCGCGUUGCCAGAGCCACCGCAUGCUGCUCUGUAACGUGGAGUCGGACCCCAGCAGCCAUCAGGAUGUCAGGCUGCUGAGCAGCCUCUUUCCUACAGUCAGUCGUGAUAGAACUGGAGAGAAUCCUGACCCCAGCCUGAACCAGUUCGAGAAGGAGAAGCAGGACUACAUCUUCUGCCUGGAGCAGUCACUGUUGAUGUACAGCCCAGAGUACAUCCUCCUGGUGGAAGAUGACGCCGUGCCAGAGGAGGAGAUAUUUUCUGUCUUGCAUCACCUCUUCUCGGCCCGGUUCUCCAAGCCCUACCUCAGAGACGCUCUCUACUUCAAGCUGUACCAUCCUGAGAGGCUCCAGCGCUACAUCAACCCCGAGCCCAUGAGGAUCCUGGAGUGGCUGGGCCUGGGCAUGUUCCUGGGGCCGGUGCUGAGCUGCGUGUACUGCUGGGCUGCGGGGCGGGCGGGCCCCGGCUGGUGCCUGGUGGCGUUCUUUGCCCUGUACAGCAUGGCGCUGUCAGAGCUGGUGGGGCGGCACUACGGGCUGGAGCUACGCCGCCUGCACCCCGCGCUCUACAACGUGGCGCCGGCCAGCGAGUGCUGCACACCUGCCAUGCUCUUCCCCGCUGCCUCCGCCCGCCGGGCCUCGGCAUACCUGCGGGGGCUGCGCUGCCGCCGGGGCUUUGCCAAGGACACCGCCCUCUACUCGCUGCUGCGGGGCAAGGGCGAGAACGCCUUCGUGGUGGAGCCCAACCUGGUGCGGCACGUGGGGAUGUACUCCAGCCUCCGACUGAACAGCGACCCGAAACUGCUGUGAGCCUCUCCUGCCUUGCUGCACAACCACAACCAGCGCACUCGCCAUGGGGCAGAGGGACAGUGUGCAAACUUGGAGUUUGUGCUGCUUGUCAAAAAUAACUCUCUCUAAAAGUACAAGUUUUCUUAAAAAAUCAGCUUUUGUUCACGGAGACCCUAUUUAAUACGAACUUGGAACUGAUGCAUCACCAUGCACUACCUGGGAGGGAAGUGGAGGAUUCCAGCUUACUCUCCUUAGCCAUUCCCAAAGAAAAGCGCUCACACCAACAUGCACGGCUUUCCUGCCCACUCUUCCUGGACAGUGGUUACAAAAAUCCUCACCUUAGGGCAGCAGAAAUGUUGGACAAAGUGAAUGUUUCAAAUUUAAGCUAAUGAGGAUGGGAAGGCCUUAUUUGCCCGUCCUUACUAAGGUCUCAUCUCUGACCUGUCUCUGUUCCAAAGCUGUGGUUUUGAACAGACCCUUCAAAAGCAGAAGUGGUUUGCAGGAACUUUCCCACAAAUUCUGCCUAGAUUCUUUGAAGUUUUGAAGUCUCUUUAGCUACUGUCUCCCUAUCUGCACCUCCAACACUUCCGCUUCAACCAGAGGCUCUUAAAAACAAAACCUCUGCUACUUCAUUAAGGGUCACCUCUGAGAGUAGGGAUCAGAAAACAGAAUCACAGCCACUGGUGUCACACAAAUAGGCCACAAAGGCACAUUUUCCAUUGAUACACAACACACAUUGUACACAAUGAUUGCUCUGUUGGUCGGGAUCAUCACUCGUUGUACUGGAUCCAUUAAAAGAGGUCUUGUCAGCCAUUGAGUGAACUUAGACAUUCAACAUGAAUUUACCUUGACUGUCCCUCAGCAGAGAGGCAAAGCAAAGAUUCAGUCAGGUGCUGUUUUGCAGGAUCCUUGUUCAUUCUGGAGCUGUAAUUCACAGCUCAGCUGGAGUGGUUCAUUCACUGCUCCUGGCAGAAAGCAAAAUACCUGUGGGAAACAAAGACAGCUGUUCACAAGAGCAAGCAACAACAGCACAGCACAUCAAGGGCCACUCUGACAGUGACCAUGUCUCCUGGUUGUUGGGCAUGUGGGAGAGGUACUUUGCACCAGGGCUGUGGGCACAGUUUAAUAGAAAACCUUGCAGAUGACAAGAGACUUCAUACUGAAAGAAAACAGGCAAAAAUUAGGUAUAUCUGAUGAAAAGCCUACUUUGGCUUUAGUUAGCUUUGAAUCAAAUUCAUUUAAAGGUGGCAUUUGGUUGAACUAUUUUAAAAACCAUAUUCCUUGCUUUGGAAUGAACCAAGAAAAUAUUUUUUGUUGAAUUUAAUCAGUGGGGGUUGUUUGGUUUUUUCUUUUUGGUAACGGACAGGCUCUGCUUUGGAUUUUCUUGUCCCAGCUCUCUCCCAGGUGAUUUAUGCCUUAAGCUCUCAACACGUCUGAUUGUAGGUGAGAAAUACCUAAAGCUCUUGAGAGAUGAAACCAAAGAAAAUGACAACCCUCCCUCUGUCAGCACGGUGGGCAACAGUUACACAGCACAAAGGCACAGUGCAGGCUAGCUGAGAAACAGCAUCGCAGCAGUGCUCUCCAGUAAUCAGCUGGAUACCUUCAGAAAAUCUUUGGAAAUUAGAGUGAAUAAAAACUGCCUGUGGGUUCCAUGCCAUUCCAAAGGCCGGGCCUUUAGGCCUUCUGGCAGAAGACACCAGGAAAAUGGCACAGGCAAAACCACAUUUUGUUCCCAGCCACUGGAAGCCCUGGAGAUGCCAGGGUAGUCACACAGUGGCAGGUGGGCAAAUCUCUCCUCUGGCUUCACUGCAGUGGGGUUUGGAUGUCAGGAUUUGAGUGUCACUGUGUAUUUAUUCCACCAAGUGCCUGCACAUACAACUGUAUCUUCAGCUGUGAAUGUUUCAGUGCUUGCUCUUCUCUCUUUUAUGUCCUUGUACUGUAAAAAUCCAGGACAGUGCUCUGUUCUUUCCAUUCAUAUUCAUUCUUGCAAAGAAAAUCUCAUAGCAAGAAAUGGGACAGAAAAUGGAAAUAGGAAGAGGGGAAAGCAAGCAAGCAAGCAAGCAAGCAAGCAAGCAAGAAAGCAAGAAGCUGCAUCCAGUUAAUAAAUGUUUUGUUGAGGAAAUGAUUUAUCCAUUUGUCUCAAAGUUAUUUUCCUGUUUGUCCAGUAGUACUUAAUUUGACGUUUCAAAAGUCCAAGAGAGGUCAAUAAUUUCACUGAGUCUCGUAGCUGGAAAUUAAGAACAUGAAUUUGAGGCAUCCCUUCUAAACCAGAAGACAAUUUUCAUGGCAUAAGAGGUGACAGAAUUUGACUGCGAGACCAAACAAUGUGCAGAGGUCUCAGGGCUUGAACUUGCCAGUGUGAGAGUUUCAGAUAAACCAGCUGAGAAGAAACUCCUUUGUGCAAGAAGCAGGUUAAGAAAUUCUUUAUGUCCUUCUGGGACAAUUUCCUAAAGUGCACAACUCACCUUCACAACAGAGGUGCUGCUUUGCUGAGCCUCAGGAAGCUGUUCUGAGUUACUCAGGUACUUGCACAGUGCCCAGCCUGCCAAUGGGGCAUCCCAGGAAAGGCUCCUGCGGCUGCCUUCCAGUCUCCCAGAAGUAGAUCGAGUCUUGUUUCUCUUUUCUGUGCUGCAUGUUUUACUAGAAAUUAGAAGUCAGAGAAGUCAGAACAGAGAAUGGGAAGCUACUGUGAAUUCUUAAUUCCUGUUGGAUUUUGUUCUGCAGUUCAGGCUAAAAAUGCAGUAUUCAAACACCCAAAAGCCUUUUCCCUCUCUUUUCUCUGAGUGGAGCUGAGCUGCCCCAUCUCGGACUACAGAAGUUCAAAGCAUGGUAUUAGCUCCCUGACAUGUGGCCUUAAGAGUUUGGUUUUCUUCACUUUAAAUCAAGCCUAGUGUCUAUUUUUGAAACAAAGAGUGUGGAUUUGCUUGGGUGUUGGUUCAUUCCCAAUAGUUUGGAGACUUCAAGGCAGCAGCUGCUGCUUGCACAAGAGGAGUCUUUCUUGAUGGGCCAUCAGCAGGACCCAAGGCUUUACUGUCCAAGACAGUUCAGGUGGAGUUAUUAACUUAAACAAAAACUACGUUCAUUUCCAAAGUGUGUCCAACAUAAGCAUGGUGCAGGCAGAACACAGGGCAUAAAUUGACAGGUCUCAACUAGAUUAGAAACCCAAGUGGAUUUUCUACCUCCAGUAGGCAUCAAUGUCUUAGUGAGAAGGCACUGCAUUUGAAGAGAGAAAAGCCUUCCUUCCUGUGGUGAGGAGCUGUGAAUCAACAGAUUGGGUAUUUCAGCAGCAAUUUGUCUGAAUACAGGCUGAAAUGUUUGGUAGGGUGGUUUUUUUGGAGAUUUUUUUUUCUUUUUGGUUUUGGUGGUUUUUGAUUAGUUGGUUUUUGUUUUUUGGGUUUUUUAAGUUAAAUUUAUUUACAAGCAAUCUUUCCACAAAAUAAAUAACAUUUUACAAAGACCCUAUUAACAGUCUCUUCUUU